AUGUAUAGAAUGCCAAAAACUGAAUUGAGAAUACUUGCCAAAAUGGAGUGCCCUUUUAGAUAUGAAAAGGACCUUGUUAUAUCAAGCAAGCUAUUGAGAGAAAAAAUGGGAGUAAAUGAGUAAUCUACUUGCUCAAAAUGUUCUCAGAAAUAAAUUUGCUCAUAUUUUAACAAAUCAGCUGCUUAAAUUACUUAAGACUAUAUUGAUUCAGACAGAAAAAUUGAAGCAAAUCUUAAAGAUGUUUAGAACUUACUCUAUGGCUUGUAUUAGAGAUCAUUAAUCUUGAAUUCUAAAGCAGUAAAUCCAAAUGAAAUUAUAAUUGAAGAAAAUUAAAUGGUUUCUGAGACAACUUUCCUAGCGUCUGAGAGAGAUUUAAAAAGUCAGGGGCAUUUUAAAGAAUAUGAUUUCUCUACUUACAAUGCUGCCUCUAUGAUCUUAUAGAAUUUAGAAUUCUUGUACAAUGACUUGAUUGAUAACAACGGAUUGCAAUUAAAAAUAUUUAUGAAUGAUAUGGUAUCAGAGGGAAAGAAAAUGAAUAUCAUUAAUGAUUAAUAAUCUACAGCUCUUGCUAGAAGAAGCGAUGGCUAACUGCAAGUAUAACCUAAGGAAAAUGAUGAGCUGGUUGAGGUUGAGAAAUUAAUGACUAAACUUGAAAGAGCUAAAAACAGAAAAGAAAGAAGAAGACUAUUAGCUAUGUUCAAUUAACAUCAAGAAUUAGUCUGGGGUGAUAGACAAAGUAUAAAAGCAAUUCAAGUGAGUUAAAAAGCACCCUCUCCUUAGUAAUAUGAUCCUUCAAAGGAUGAAACCAAAAUAUACAAUUAGAUGACUAAAUCAUAUGUUGACAAAUAGGAAUAUUAUUAAGCCCUAAGGAAAGAUAAUAGAGAUCCAAAUAGCCCAGACAAAAGAUCAAAAAAGCUGACAUAGAUACUUUCAGUGAAACAAAAACUCAGCUCCAUUAAUGCCUAUGAAAAAACUUAGAAAUUUGAGCAUAAAGUAAAUCUUGAAAACGAGAGGGUUAGACAAUAAAUAAGAUAAGUGAGUUACGCUAGAACUAAAUUUAUUGAGGAUAAUUUGCCUGCACUCUAAGCUAUAUUGGAAGGGAAAAGGGUUUCAGCUUAUUUUGAAAAUGAAGAUUAGGCUAAAUAGUUUAUUCAAGAACUACAUCAGAAAAAACUAGAAAAAUUAGAAGGCUUUGGGUUUUAGGAGAUUGAAGAAAAAAGUAAAUUGACUAGGGGUGAUAGUCAUCCUGUAAUACCUGGUAGAGAGCAACUCAGCUAGCAACUGCUAGAAGGUAAUUCAAGAAAUAAGUUGUUAGCCCUAGAAAAUAAUUAAGAGAGAAAGCUACUAUCAGAUAUAGGUGUCACUGUUCAAUAGAUAGAGGGAGAUGUAGAAUAAGAAAUAGAAAGGCUUGAAAGAUUUAUUGUUGAGGAUGAUCAAUAAAAAAAGACAAAGAAGUAUGAAUCACAAAAUUUCUUUAUAACUAGAGCUAAGCCCAUUGAUAAUACUCCAGAGAAAGCUUAAGCAAAUCAAAAGAAACAUAUUAUUAAGGUAACUGUAGAUGAUAGAUAUAUCGCUGAGAACUAUUAUCAGGGCUAAAAUAUGAGUGAACUUCUUUAUGAAAAGGAUGGUAUAAUUGGUAAGAUGAGACAGUUUGACUAUAAAAUACAUAAGUUCAAGAAACUCAAUGACGAUGAACCAGAGAGUGAAAAAAACUAAAAGAAAAAUCAAUAGAGAUCGGAUUUAUGA